AUGCUGUCGCUCGCGACGUUAGCAACUAGCGACGACGGUCCCGGUCCUCUGUCCCCUGCUCCCGGUGGUCGUCGUCGUCUCAAACUCGACAAAUCCGGCCGGCCCGCCGUGCCUUGCGCCGCCUCUUCCGGCCAUGGCGGACCCUCGGCUGGCCUUGCUGCUCUUUCCGCCACUAACGAGACCGCCAGCUGCAGAUUUCCCGGCGUGUUUGACGGCGCAUCUAGUGGCAGAAUUGGCUCGGGAUAUAGAGGCGAGCGGGGGGAAUACCCGCUCGAGAGGGGGGACUUCUUCGCUGCCGUUCCGCGCCUCCGCGCAAGCGACCUUGAGAGUUCCGUGGACGCGCUGCUGGAAGCGGACCCUGACGCGCCCGCCGGCGCAAACGCUUGCGCCGACGCGGACGAUGACGUCAGCAUCGACAUUCCCGUAGACUUGGACAGACUUUUCCGCAAGUGCGCGGAGCAGCAGCAAAUGCUGCGGGAGGCAGAAGGCGGAGGGGGAAUGGGCGGAAAGGGACUGGGCGGGGAUGCCGCAAGGCACUUGUCGACCUUGGCGGAAGCGGGGAAGCAUGGGAUGACCAAGCUAUGGGCGGUUCUAGGGACAGGAGGUAAGGCUGCUUUAGGAGCAACAGGGGCGGUGUUCCCGUCUACUGGGUCUCGUGGGAGUGACGAUAUUAGGGAUGAUCCCGAGGGAAGAGCGGAAGAAAAUAUUGGAGGGGGACGACCGGGGGAGCAAGCCCCGAAGGAGGCUGCUACUGCUACUGCUACUGCGCACGAAAAGCAGCAGCAGCAGCAGCAGCAGCAGCAGCAGCAGCAGCAGCAGCAGCAGCAGCAGCAGCAGCAGCAGCAGCAGCAGCAGCAGCAGCAGCAGCAGCAGCAGCAGCAGCAGCAGCAGCAGCAGCAGCAGCAGCAGCAGCAGCAGCAGCAGCAGCAGCAGCAGCAGCAGCAGCAGCAGCAGCAGCAGCAGCAGCAGCAGCAGCAGCAGCAGCAGCAGCAGCAGCAGCAGCAGCAGCAGCAGCAGCAGCAGCAGCAGCAGCAGCAGCAGGGUUGA